AUGGCUGCCAACUUAGUUUUUAAGCUCGUCAUUUUUUUAAUAUUUUUGAACUUCUCAAGUCAGUUUUUGGCAUUUAGAUUGUUUACAAGUAUUGUUAAGAGUAAUAUCUACAAAGAGUGUUAUGGAUUGAAUGAGGAUGGUGCGAUUUCAACGACAUACGAAUCGACUUUUUUCAGACAGCAUGUCAAUAUUCACCGAACAAAAUAUGAUUCGAAAUUCAAAGUUCCAUUUGCAGUGAAUAAACCGUCUAAACAUGGAUCUAUUUGUUUAGCACUUCCUUCGAAACCUUUUAAGGUUGAUCUGACCAUAUGUGUUGACGUAUCACCAAAUCCUGGUCCUGAAACAUCAAAAAGGAUCAAUUUUGGAACGGAAAAUUUAAUCACCGUCGGAGCGUCGUCACGGUCGCCUACAUUUAUACGUAGUCUUCGAUUCUCUCAGUUGGCCAAAUACAUCGACGAACAUACAUAUUCUCUCCUUCGUUAUUUUGAAAUCCUGAAACCUUACGUAGUGGGACAAGUUAAACAACGAAAAAUUGCUAAUAACAUUAACAAUAAUGUAAUUAAUAUUCAUCCCGUGUAUGGUCGACGAAUUUGCAUAUCUCAACCAGCUACAGACCUCCGUUCACAUAUUCUGUAGAAUUGCGACUCUAUUGUUAGUCAUAACUCAACCGAGCAGCAAACUCCUUGUAUAAAGAUUGCAACUCCAGAAACUACAUCAGUUUCAGACUCUGCCGACACGGAUUCGCGUAAUAUAGAUGCUUCAACAUCAACAGUUUCUCACAUUUCAACAAGACGCCAUUCUAAUCCCGGUUCGAAUCUUAAAAUAGUUCAUGUAAACAUUCGUUCAUUGCGUAACACAGAUCAUCUCAUUCAAGUCAGAGAAUUUGCUAAAUCUGAGAAUAUAGAUGUGCUUACCAUCUCCGAAACCUGGCUAAACUCGACUGUAACAAACAAAGAGAUAACUAUCGAUGGCUACAAACUACACAGACUCGACCGUUUACAUAAGAAAGGAGGGGGAGUUUGCUUAUACAUUCGGAAUGACAUUAAGGCAAAUAUUUUGAAAGAUAUUUCGCAUAUUUCUGACUGCAAUUUCCACCAACUAUGGCUACAACUUCAGUAUAAGAAGUUAAAAUCACUCGUGGUUUGUGCAACGUACCGUCCUCCCGACUGUCCACUCACCUGUCUCCAGUCUCUUCUAAAGCCCAGCUAUAUUACAGCUCUAUCAAUGAACAAACCCAUAAUCAUCCUCGGUGAUCUUAACUGUAAUACACUAAAAGAAUGUCCUGAAAACAAGGCGCUCACUGAUAUUUCAAUAGAAUUAAACCUAACCCAAAUUAUUACCACACCAACCAGAAUCACAGACCGCAGCCAGUCACUUAUUGAUGUUAUUCUCAUUUCCAACCCUGACCUGGUAUGCGACAGUGGCGUCAUCGACACAGCGAUAAGUGACCACCUCCCCGUCUUCGCCACGUUGAAGUUGAGACUACCCAAGCCUCCUUCACGUUUCAUCACUGUGCGCAGUUUUAAAAACUAUGACCCUUCGUUGUUCUCUGCUGCCCUGGCCUCCAACUCUAGCAACUUGUUAUCCAUAUUUACUAAACCUGAUGUUGACUCGAAAUUAGCAACAUUCAACAGUGUUCUUCUUUCCACCCUUGAAGCUCAUGCUCCUGUCAAGCGUAUCAAGAUCCGUAGCCGUCCUUGUCCCUAUGUCACCACUGAAAUUAAAGAUCUCAUGAAUACCAGGGACCGAAUACUUCGCCGUUUCAAAACUACACGUGACGACAAUGACUGGCAUAUCUAUAAGGAAGCUCGGCAAACGGUAAAAACCACACUAAGAAACGCAGAGAGAAACUACAUCCGUAAUGAGGUACAAACUCACAAAGAUAAACCGGGUUGUCUUUGGAAAAUUAUUAAUAAAGUUAUACCAUCCAAAGAGAGACCCACUCUAACAUACGGUAAAGACCAUAAAUCGGUAGCAGACGAUUUCAACCAGUUCUUUUCGUCAGUAGGGAGAAAAACAGCUGAAGAAGCUACCAGGCUAGCUUUGGAAAAUAAUAUUAACAUUUCCACCACCAGCCUUCCAUCCACACCACCUGUAAAUUCCCCUGACGACCUGUUCUAUUUCCGUCCUGUUACCUGCACAGAAGUACAAAAUAUUAUUCUAUCUAUGCCCUCCAACAAAUCUCCUGGUCUCGAUAAGAUCAAUAUGCGGGUCAUUAAAGAUUCGUUACCUGUUAUUUUAGGUCCCCUAACAGACAUAAUCAAUUGUUCCCUCAACACAUCUACAUAUCCCAAAGCAUGGAAAAAGGCUGAAGUUAUACCUCUGUUAAAAGAUGGUGACCAUGAGCAAGCUUCAAACAAUCGCCCUCUUUCGCUUCUACCCGUUGCUUCUAAAGUCUGCGAGAAAAUUGUGCUCAGUCAAUUCAACACGUACUUAACGAGAAACAAUCGUUUGUCCUCCCACCAAAGUGGCAACAAGAAACACUUCUCCACAGAAACACUGUCUAUUUUUGUGAAUGACACUAUUUUGAAAGCGAUGGAUAAUAAGAAGUUAACUGCACUUGUGCUUUUAGAUUUGUCUAAAGCAUUUGACAGUGUCAAUCACAAUAUCCUACUUCAAAAAUUGGAACGCAUCGGAGCGUCUAAACCCUCAUUGAGAUGGUUUGGUAGCUACCUAAAUGGACGAUCACAAGUAGUACGUAUUGGUUCAACUUCAUCUUCUCCCCUUAACCUCACCCACGGCGUACCACAAGGAGCGAUACUUUCACCCUUACUCUUCUGCAUAUACAUGAAUGAUCUCCCACUAUCACCACGCAGUAGCUCCCUUGAAUCAUACGUUGAUGACUCCAAGGUUUUCCUAUCCUUUCCGAUUAAAGACACUACUUCCACCAAAGCGAAUCUGGAAGAAGACCUUUGUCUUGUAGCUAAAUGGUGUUCGACUAAUCAUUUAUUGAUCAACCCAGAGAAAACCAAGUUUCUUCUUAUUGGCACACCCCAGUUGUUAAAAGAACUACCUUCGUCAAUGACUCUCUCAUUCCUAGGUAAAGACAUUAUUCCUGUGUUCAGUGCAAAAGAUCUGGGAGUUACCCUAGAUUCGCAUUUAUCGUACAACGAACAUAAAAAUCUUGUCUCAUCGUGUACUGCAAAACUUUGUCAAAUUAACAGAGUGAAAGACAGUUUUGAUAAAGAAACGCUCAAACUCAUCAUUUCAUCACUUGUUAUCAGUAAAUUAUUCUACUGUUCUUCUACAUGGUCCAAUACAUCUUCCACAAACAUUAGCAAGCUCCAAGCAGUACAGAACUUUGCAUGCAGGAUUAUUACAAACACUAGAAAGUUUGACCACAUCACUCCUGCGCUACGUCAGAUUAGUUGGCUACCUGUCAAAGAACAACUUAUUCUCAGAGACUCAAUUAUGACGUACAAAUGCAUGAACUCACUUGUCCCACAAUAUUUAAGCGAAAAAUUUUCGAAACGAUCUUCGAUACACAGCAGACUCACGAGAAACCAAGAUACGCUGCAAAUCCCUUUCAACCGAACCGCCACUGGACAACGUUCCUUUCACUACAGGGCUGUUAAUCUUUGGAAUGGCCUGGAUGAAAAUAUCAAAGAAGCAAGAUCUCUCCGCCAUUUCAAGAAGUUAAUGAAAAACAAUCU